AUGACAACAAUGUAUGGAAAACGUCAACGCCAAAACGACAACAUGCCUCCAAUGUUUGAUAUCUACCGUAAGCCGAUGUUUGACGAUUCAAUUCGAAAGGCUGAAUACAGAACCUAUGCUCCAUUUAUAAAGUCAUUCAAUUGCAGUGACAUUGUGGAGUUUAGCAUUAAUCAGGUUGAUUCGUUCUUUGCAAUGAGCGAAACUUUGUUGUGCAUUAAAGGUUCGCUUGAAAUACACGGAGCUGGUGACGUAAAAUUAGCAAAUAAUGUUGGAGCCUUUCUAUUCGAUUCAUGUACGUACAGUGAAAGUGCCAGGGAAAUGGAAACAGUUCGGGAUCCUGGAAUAGUGAGUGCCGUACGUGCUAUGACUUGUUAUAACCAAGAAGAUUCCAAUCAUAUGGCUAUAGCCGGCUGGAAUUACCCGAAAGAUCCUAUUCUGAAUGUUAGCGACAAGUCCUUCAACCUUCAAAUACCUCUCAAACAUAUUUUCAGCAUUUUCAACGAUUAUUCAAUGAUUACAUGUGGGCGUUAA